GACAGUCUCUCUAGCAAGCAAAGUUGGUUAGUGUCUGGCUGUGACGUGAAGUGAACUGGUCGACGACUCGGAUACUUGAAAAACUUUCUUGUUCUACAUGCAUAGUGAACAUUUCUGCUGCUUGACCUAAUCACAUUCAUAAGUGUACGAAAACCAAGACCGCGUAAAUCUCGUUUAGUAAACGACGUGGUCGUCGCUUUAGAAUUGCAAUGGAUUCGCCCACGGCCAGCGUGUUUAGUCUACCUGAGCUCAGAGAUAUUUUUCCUGGCUGCACCAGUUACGAGGAACUUUACAAUUUCAGCAUUAACGAGACGGACGUGUUUUGGGGCACGCUUGCCCGUUUGCGCCUGCGUUGGAGCCGUAAUUUCGAACGUGUCUCGGAUUGCGAUAUGGAGACGGGCUUGUUUCGAUGGUUCAUUGGCGGCCAAUUGAAUGUUUCAGUCAAUUGUGUCGACAGACACAAGGAAAAGGAUGCCAACAAAGUGGCGCUCAUUUGGGAAAAGGAUGAACCCGGUCAAGAGGAACGAGUCACUUACGGUGAGUUGUACACGAUGAUGAACCAAAUUGCCAACGUCCUCAAAUCUCAUGGAGUGCUGAAGGGUGAUCGAGUAGCAAUCUACAUGCCAGCGUGUCCACUUGCUGUUGCCUCUAUGCUUGCCUGCGCCCGUAUUGGAGCCGUCCACUCUGUCGUUUUCGCUGGAUUUAGUGCGGAAGCGUUGGCAAGUCGCAUCAUUGAUGCUGAAGCCAAAGUAGUUAUUACGGCUGAUCAAGGCGUACGUGGAGGCAAACUGAUUGAAUUGAAGAAAACUGUUGUGACGGCUGUCGCCAACUGUCCGAGUGUCACAGCCAUUUUGGUAGCCAAGAGAACGGGAAAUCCUGUAGUUUCAUCGCAGCUUGAUGUCGAUCUCGACGAGGCGAUGAUUAAAGAGAGCGGCGAGUGUGAACCCGCCGUACUUGACAGCGAAGAUUUACUUUUCAUGCUAUACACGUCUGGCAGCACAGGGAAUCCUAAAGGAGUUGCUCAUUCUCAAGCUGGUUACCUCCUUUACGCCUCAUUGACUCAUAAGUUAGUAUUCGACUGUAAUGAAGGUGACAUCUUUGGCUGCGUGGCAGACAUUGGAUGGAUUACGGGACAUUCCUAUGUCGUAUAUGGGCCUUUAGCUAACGGGGUCACCACUCUUUUAUUCGAGAGCACACCAACCUACCCCGAUCCAGGUCGAUACUGGGAAACUGUUCAGCGGUUAAAAGUCAACCAAUUUUACACCGCACCGACGGCUAUUCGACUGCUGAUUAAGCACGGCGAUGAACACGUCGAAAAGUAUGAUCUUAGCUCACUGCGAACUCUCGGCUCUGUGGGCGAACCAAUCAAUGUUGAGGCUUGGGAUUGGUACAACAAAGUUGUUGGCAAGGAGAAAUGCGUCGUAGUGGACACCUGGUGGCAAACGGAAACAGGCGGGAUUUGUAUCAGCCCAAGACCGUCGGCACCUGGCUCCGAAAUUCGUCCUGGCAUGCCGAUGCGGCCAAUGUACGGAAUCUCACCUGCCAUUCUCAGCGAAAAAGGCGAGGAACUACAUAACAAUGACGUUACGGGUGCCUUGUGCCUGAAAAAGCCUUGGCCUGGGAUGGCACGCACCAUCUACGGGGCACACGGUCGCUUUCUAGAAACGUAUUAUCGACCUUUUCGGGGUUUAUAUUUCACCGGUGAUGGUGCCAUCCGACACAGUGACGGCUAUUAUCAGAUUACUGGACGGAUGGAUGAUGUCAUCAAUGUUAGCGGACAUCGCCUCGGUACCGCGGAAGUGGAAAACGCAUUGGGCCAGCAUCCGUCUGUAGCAGAGUCAGCCGUUGUCGGUUACCCACACGAUAUCAAGGGCGAAGGCAUUUACGCUUAUGUUAUACUUAAGGAUGGCUUCGUCGCUGAUACCAAAACGGAGUCUGAACUAAAAGGAAUCGUUAGGCAGAAAAUUGCCGCCUAUGCGCUUCCGGAUGUAAUACAAAUCUGUACAGGUUUACCUAAGACACGGUCGGGCAAGAUUAUGCGACGCAUUUUACGCAAAGUGGCUGCGGAUCAAACAGAAGAUCUGGGAGAUAUCUCAACAUUGGCCGACCCUUCCGUUGUCGAGGACCUUAUCGCCCAUCAUCGAACUCUGAUCGCCCAAGGAAAAUAGCUUAAUUGACCCCUCGCGAGCCCAGCUGAAGCAGUACCCUUUAAUAUGACCCACUCACCUUACCCAUCCGCUACUCAUUUUCUGCCUACCCAGACGGAAUUCUAUAAAUCACGUGACUGUUGCACUGCUUUUCUUCUUGCCUCACCUCUUUCAGCCUUCUGUUGUUUUUAAAUUUCAAAAAUCAAAAAACAAAACGGCUUAAUCUUUAAAUGUUAAUUAACGUGUUAAUAGAAACUUCAACUAAUCCGAUCCAUCUAAAAAAAGGAACAAAAAGACGACAUUGGAUCGCGAUUUCUCUCUUUCUAUUAGUUGUGCAAUAGUUGUUCGUUGACACCACGAAUCACGUAACGGCAUUCCAAUCCCCCUCUUAAGACGUAGAUAGGGUACAUUGUUUCUUUUGCACACUUAACGCACACCUAACUUAGGAUUAGUAAGAAAAACACACAUUCCGCCCAUGUUUUUGAAUUGCGUGUUAACUCUUUUUUAAACUGAUUACUACCUGAAUGGAUUGGCUACCUUAUUUUUUCUCCACUUCUUUUCGCAUAUCACUUAUGCGUUCUAAUCUAACGCGGUGUUGUUGUAACAUUAAUUUUUUCAUGUGUGUGUGUGUGUGUGUGUGUGUGUGUCUAGGUUCAUUCAUUAAUAAUAAAGUAACAAAGAUGGUGUUUUCCUUUA